CGAUGACUCGACAGUCGAUGAGUAUUCCUGGCAGUCCAAGCAGGCAGAAUCAUCGCUGAUGCAACUUUCUCCUCUUCUGCUGCCGCGUCGCCCCAGUCUGUGGACGCCAUGACAGAUCAGCUCAGCCUUGACGAGAAGCUGCACCUCAUCACCAGGAACCUGCAGGAGGUCCUGGGAGAAGAGAAGCUGAAGCAGGUCCUGCAGGAGAGGGAGCUGAAGGUCUACUGGGGAACUGCCACCACCGGCAAACCACAUGUGGCUUAUUUUGUUCCCAUGUCCAAAAUAGCAGACUUCCUCAAGGCUGGGUGUGAGGUUACUAUUCUGUUUGCAGACUUGCACGCCUUCCUGGACAACAUGAAAGCACCCUGGGAGCUGCUGGAGCUCCGAGUGAAGUAUUAUGAAGAGGUGAUUAAGGCCAUGUUGGAGAGCAUCGGCGUGCCCUUGGAGAAACUCAAGUUUGUUAAAGGAACCGACUACCAGCUCAGCAGAGAGUACACUCUGGAUGUGUACCGCCUGUCCUCCAUGGUGACCGAGCAUGACGCCAAAAAGGCUGGAGCUGAGGUGGUCAAACAGGUGGAGCAUCCUCUGCUGAGUGGCCUGCUGUAUCCAGGACUACAGGCUCUGGAUGAGGAGUACUUGAAGGUGGAUGCUCAGUUUGGAGGAGUGGACCAGAGGAAGAUCUUCACCCUUGCGGAGAAGUACCUCCCCUCUCUGGGUUAUGCCAAGCGCUCCCAUCUGAUGAACCCCAUGGUACCUGGACUGACGGGUGCCAAGAUGAGCUCCUCAGAAGAAGAGUCAAAGAUCGACCUACUGGACUCCAAGGAAGACUUGAAGAAGAAGCUGAAAAAAGCUUUCUGUGAGCCAGGAAACAUCCAGAACAACGGCCUCCUCUCCUUUGUUAAAUUUGUGCUCUUCCCUCUUGGUGGAGAAUUCUCCAUCAAACGGGACGCCAAGUGGGGUGGAGACAAAGUCUACACUGCCUUUGAAGAGGUGGAGAAGGACUUUGCCGAGGAGCGGAUUCACCCUGGAGACUUGAAGGCCUCUGUGGAGACGGCCCUCAACGUGCUGCUGGAGCCGAUCAGGAAGAAGUUUGAGUCUGCCGAACUCCGCAAACUUACCAACAGCGCCUACCCGAACACUUUGAAGACCAAAGGAGCAGGAAAGGUGGCCAAGGCAGGAGGAGGAGGAGGAGGAGAUGAAGAUGAGCUGGUGCCGUCUAAACUGGAUAUCCGGGUGGGAAAGAUCAUCAGUGUGGAAAAGCAUCCAGAUGCUGACUCGCUCUUCCUAGAGAAGAUCGACGUUGGGGAGGCGGAGCCCAGGACGGUUGUCAGCGGGCUGGUGGCCUACGUCUCCCAGGAGGACUUGCAGGACAGAUGUGUGCUGGUGCUGUGUAAUCUCAAACCCCAGAAGAUGCGCGGGAUCGAGUCUCAAGCCAUGCUGCUCUGUGCCUCCAUUGAAGGUGAGCCCAGGAGAGUGGAGCCACUCGACCCUCCUCAGGGGUCCUCACCAGGAGAGCGGGUCUUCGUGGAAGGAUACGAGGCGGGAAAACCAGAGGACAGACUUAACCCAAAGAAGAAAGUCUGGGAGAAACUACAAGUAGACCUGAAGAUCUCUGAGGAGUGUGCAGCUCAGUGGAAAGACAAGACGCUAAUGACCAAACUGGGACGAAUCACAUGUAAGACUCUGAAAGGAGGUAACAUCAGUUAGGUACUCCACCUCACCUGCAAGCCGUAUUACAAGAGUACACUAAUCAACAAGUUGCCAUGGGAACAACGCUGCUCUGGGAUGCCGUUGGACAAGGAUAGUCUUUUAAUGAUGCAAGCUUUGAAAAGGGAAGAAAGUGUGGACUUGUCAUUGAAAAUAUUGUGACUUUACGCGCUCAUAAUUACACACUAGAUCUGUAUUUAAAAUAUUCAACUGACAUCAUGGGUAACAUUGCACAGAAAUAUACUUAUGGGACAUUAAUAUCAUGAUUAACAAACAAACAAAAUCACAUGUGACCUAAAAAAAAAAAGUGUCUUGUGAUUGUGGUGCAGUUCUAUCUGGUCCUUGUCCUCAAGGGACACAAACAUGAAUAAAUAAUAGGAUUGCUGCUUUGCAUAAAUGUAUCUCAAAAUGUGUCUUUUUAUUACACCCAGGAGACAAAUGAUGGUGGUAUGAUAAAAACAUUUUAAUAGUUGAUCAUUUGUACCUAUACAAAAGUGCUUCUGUUCUAAAUGACACAACUUCUUCUUUCCCUUUAUCACAGUGAAAAGCCAACAAACAAAAAGACUAAAGCAGAGAAUGACCUCUUUGUUUCCACAAUAAUCUCCUCUCAUGUAUGUUCAUUAUGUUAGCAAACCUUCUCCUCUAAAUCUCUGUACAAAAGCACACUGAAGUGAGUGUUGCCUACCUCCGGGGGGCGCCCUCAAACCAUAUUUACACAACAUAUGUACACAAUUUUAUCCUGAGGGGCGUUGUUGGAUUGACGCUUAGAAAAAUACUUCAGAAUAAAGCUAUCAGAAGAA